AUGGAAUUCGUCGUGGGAGAUCACUCGGGCCUGUGCAAGGAACUCUCUUGGCUGUCUGCCGAAACCCGACGUACGCGCAUUAUAAAGAAGGCCAAGCAGAACCGUUCUUUGGAAGUCACCUCCCUCUGUUGGUCAGGGCCUUCAGGCGGAAGAGAGGCUUCGGAGAUUGCAGUUGGUCGCGCAUGUGGAUCUGUGGAAGCCUUCGCCACCUCGAGUACCGUGUGUGAGGUCCCGAUUGACGAUCCGUCUCCCGAGGGAGAGAGUUCCCUCAAUCAGCCUUUGCGAUCCUUCCAGCUACCAUCAGCGCCUGUGGCUCUUUCUCUAAUCGGAUCGGUGGAGGCCCGUGCGCAUACGCGCUCGCUCCUCUGCAAGUCAUGGCUAACAAGUGGUGUGACAGCAGGCGAAGCUUCGCUUCGCAAUGCACUGCAGCCCCCGACAUCGGAGGCUGGAGCCGAUGCAGAACAGGACUCAUCCUGCGGCAGCGGUUCAACCAGGUUGUUGCUUGCCGUUGGCCAAAAGGGCCACACCUGCGUAGUUGAAUGGGAAGGAUCUUUUAGCACUCGUCUUCUCGAGAUGCCAAGAGAGGCAGGUGGAGUAGUGUCAUCUGUGGGUGAGGCUGUUGAGGGGGAACAAGGAGGCGUUUCAGUGCAGUUUGUUCCACUAGAGAAAAAUUCUAAUGCUGAGCCUUCCUCUGUACAGACAGAAUCCGAAGGCAACUCAUUUUGUUGCAGAGUUGCAUACCUCCUUCCUGCUCCCAUUGCGGCCGCCAGCAGCCACCCCUUGUGCAACAGUCUGUUGGCCUUCGGCGGGAAGGAGAACGACGCAAAGGUUGUGGAUCUUGACUACGGAAAGAUCCUGUGGGCUGCGAAGAAUGUGAAGCCCAGUUUCCUGGGGCUGCGGUGCGAUGUAGCGGUGACACAAGUAGAGUGGCUGCUGCCAAUUCACCCCAUGGUGCUGUCGGUGGGAACUGCAAAGGGCGCCAUGCGAUUCUAUGACUUGCGCUGCCAGCGCCGACCAGUGCUAGAAGUUUGUGAGGCAACGCAAGAGAAAAGACCAAUCACAGCCCUUUGCGUCCACCCCACAGCUGAGGUGUUGCAAAGCAAGACGGACAUGCGAGCGGCCCUAAUCCGUGAGGCAGAGACUGCGGCUUCCUCCUCCUGCUGCGAACCAUCGGCAAGCCACGUAUAUACCACAGUUGCAGGUGUGAACAGCCACUUAUCCAGGAAGAAAGGUUACCCGGGAGGUUCGGGCCAAUCCAGCUGCGGAAAUACUGCGGCAAACGAACCAGCAGAGAACUUGCUGGCCAGCUGCAGUGGCAAGGAUUCCGCCACCGUCUACUUCGCUGACUCCCAUGGGAUGAUAUACGGCAUGCGAGUGCACAGUGGCUCUGCGUUGAUGCGUUUAGUGGACAAAACUUGUCCAAAGUACAACCCUUCUUCUUACCGCUCUUUCAAUGCCGUCUCAGAGGCAGACUGGUCGCCCGAAGUCAAGAGAAAGCUAAUCGCUGAAAUGUUAGACAAGCAAAGACGAAAACUUUCAUCCAAGAAAAACGAUCGUCCAGUUUGCACCGCUGCAUGCGUUGAUUUGCAGCUUGCCGCUGCUUCUUGUGGAGGGUUUAAAGGAGCCAUGGGAGCAAUUAUGGGACUAAAAAUAGAUCCUUCUGGAGAACACCUAAUUGCUGUGGGAUUGGGACGCUACGCGUAUGUGUUCAAUGCUAAGUCGCGAAAGCUCUGCGGACAAAAGCUGACGUGUCUUCUAGCCGGAGGAGGAGAAUUGGCUGGGGGAAUAAGAAGGCACGCACGAACACGGCAACGAGCAAAUAGUGGGGGUAAAAACAGCGGGUCGGACGCCAGCAGCUCAGAACGGGAAGAAGGGGACGCCAGCAGCUCAGAGCAGGAGGAAGGGAACGACAGCAGCUCAGAACAAGGAGGAGGGGACGACAGCAGCUCAGAGCAGGAAGAAGGAGACGCCAGCAGCUCUGAACAGGAAGAAGGGAAUGCCAGCGACAGUAGCAACAAUCCAGCUGGCUACUGUGCAACUGGAGGGGCAGACAGUAAGUGGAAACCUGAGCGCCACAGUGGCAAGCAGCCGACUGGCAUUGCUGUCACAACAAACAAGCGAAGUGCCGCAAUAGACAACAAUUCCAAGAAGCGAAAGCGCUUUAUCAAGCCACCGGCACAGGCUGGGAGGCGUCUUGGCUAA